AUGUCCUCCUCACUGCUCGCGCUGCGCGAAUCGCUCUUUCCCCUCCGCGUCGCGCAGUCCUCCGUUCGCUAUGCCACCAAGAAAGAGUACGUCGGCGAACAGCGCUACGAAAUAAUGCGCCGCGCACUCUACCCCCCGACCAUCCGCAACAGGCCCUCCCCGACUGGGACUUGGAGACCCGACGUCGGGCGGCGCCUCCAGCGCGCCAUCCCCUCCGUGCAGGCCCAUGAUACCAUCGAGCGUGCGUGGUUCCUCCACAAACGACACAUCCGACGACAGCGGCAGGCCGAGCUGGAGAGAAAGUUUCGCUGCAUGACGCAUGCGAUGGAGGUGCUGAUGAAGAUCAGUCCGAACUUGUACGCAGAGGCGAACAAGGAGGAGGACCCGCGUGUGCGGACCAGGCAGGAGACGGAACUUGCAAAGACGUUAAGGAUCCCAGAGAAGAAGGCGUUAGAGGCGAGGGUGAGGGGACUGUUCCCCAGAGAGUUGCGUAUACCGACGGACACGCCGUCGCGGGAUGGCUGGAAUUAUGAUUGGAAGCCUGUCAUUCCCCGACGCGCAUAACCUUGUCAGCAACUUUAUGUCGUAUUUCUCUUCUAAAGCUCAUGAUCACCAUCAGAUAUGGGAGGAUGCAUGCUCGUUGGCGUGUAUGUGUUGCCAACACUGGCUUCCCCAGGGUCUC